AUAACUUCAGUUAGUUACAAACUCUGUUGUCCGAAUCCUGUUGCUUCUUUGCCAAGCCCGAUUGCACUUGGCAAGCUUGUGGGUACUUGGGAGACUUCAAACUGUAUCCCCUGUGUAUUUUGACGUUGUGUGUCUCUUGGCUUAUGUGGAUGCACUCAUUUUGUUGCUCGUAUUGAAACGGAAGGAGGUGGGUCUGUCGCGGCAAGGCAAGGAAGGUAGCAACCAUGACUAGCAUUGGAACAGGGUACGAUUUGUCGGUUACUACUUUCUCUCCGGAUGGGCGAGUAUUCCAAGUCGAGUACGCCUCCAAGGCGGUGGACAACAGCGGGACUGUGGUUGGCAUCAAGUGUAAGGAUGGUGUUGUCCUGGGAGUAGAGAAGCUUAUUUCCUCCAAAAUGUUGUUGGAGGGCUCCAAUAGGAGAAUUCAUGCUGUGGAUCGACAUGCUGGCAUGGCAAUGGCAGGUUUAGCAUCUGAUGGAAGACAGAUAGUAACUAAAGCUCGCAGUGAAGCCUCAAGUUACCGAAGCUUUUAUGGUGAGGAGGUUCCUAUCGGAGAACUUUGUGAACGUGUUGCACAUUAUGUUCAUCUGUGCACGCUCUACUGGUGGCUGAGACCUUUUGGUUCUUCAGCUAUCCUUGGAGGUUACGAUCGUGAUGGUCCUCAACUUUACAUGAUUGAGCCUUCGGGUGUUGCCUAUCGCUAUUUCGGAGCUGCGGUUGGAAAGGGUCGUCAAGCCGCAAAGACUGAAAUCGAAAAGCUUAAUUUGUCAGAGAUGACCUGCAGGCAAGGAGUGAUUGCAAUUGCGAAGAUUAUUUAUGGUGUGCAUGAUGAGGCCAAGGACAAGGCCUUUGAGCUGGAGAUGAGCUGGAUUUGUGACGAGUCAAACCGUGAGCAUCAACGAGUUCCGGCGGAUUUAUUGGCUGAAGCCAAGACUGCCGCAAAGGAAGCACAGGAAGAAGAUAUGGAUGCUGAUUAAUAAACCAACUCUGUGAACUAGCUGGAAUUUGCUUGAGACGUCCUUGUAGAGUCAAGUUUUGUUCAUUCAAGAAUGUGCUUUACAUUUGAUAAUUGACUCAAUUGCUGAUAUGUUCCGUUUAUCAGACCCUAAUGAUUGAUAUUCGUGCUUGUA